UCGUGAUCAAGCUGGAAUUUGUAGGUUUCGUUGUUUUUGAAGUUUUUUUCAGAAUCUUUAUAUACGCCCACGAUAUUGUUCAUCUUCUGGUGAAAAUUUGUGAUUGAAUGGAGAAGGGUUUCGCAUCCUGGUUUCAAGACCAACAAAUUGAUUGGCAGUCGACUAUUCCAAAUUCGUCGAUUGCUCCCUUUGGUUUACGGCACCAACUUAACGUUCCAUCUUUCGGGAACACGACUGAUGAAAAUCCCCCGGUGUUUGCCUUUGCGGAAAGCAAACCAGAAGAACCCUGCGGUUGGUUCCACGGCUUGCCUCGGUGCCAUCCGGAGGUCAACCCUAUUUUGAAAGAACAACUUCCUGUACCUGGAUCUCGCGCUACACACGAGAUCCAGAAGAAGUUUCUUGUGUUCGAUCAAUCAAAUGAUCGAACGACACUGAUUUAUAGCUCAGCUCCAAUUCAGUACCACCUACCAAAACCACAACUUAACCUCAACCUGACAAAGGAAUUUUCGGUUAUCGAAAAACACGAGGAUAUCGGUUGUUCGAAUCCGUUUCAUGAUGACGGAAAAGAUGAGGGAAGCGAGAUGCACGAGGAUACGGACGAGCUUCGGGCAUUACUGUAUUCCGAUGAUGAUGAGAUAGAUUAUUCCGAGGACGAGGAGGAACAGAGUACCGGGCAUUCCCCUAGUACGAUGACGGGGUUCGAUAGACUGGAAUCAACCGAUGAAAAUGGUGAAGAGGUCACGAGUUCGAUGGGUCCUCAGAAACGACAUAAACUAGAUAGCGGAGGGUAUGAUGUGGUUGACACUGCAAGCUCGGGGAAAUCGGGCAUUAAUUGCUCCGGUGAAGCGGAGGUGAGUAGCUGCGGCGGUGGAGUGGCGGAUGUGGAUGUGGGAUCGGAAAGUUUUGCGGUGGCUGGAAAGAGAUCAAGAAAAGAGAAUUUGAGGGAAACGAUAAGGAUUCUUGAGAAUUUGAUUCCUGGUGAGAAAAAUGGGAAGGAUGCCAUGAUGAUUCUUGAUGAAGCCAUUAAUUAUCUGAGAAUCUUGAAGGUGAAAGCUAAAGCCUUGGGGCUUGAUUCUUUCUAGAAGGUAAAUCUUUUUUUUUUUUUUUUUCUACAUCAUGCUUUAGUGACUUGUAUAUCAUGCUUUAAAUGACUUGUACAUUCAUGGAGUGUUUAUGGUUUUCAUUGAUGAUGUUUAGAAUUCAUUGUUUUUUGGUCUGUGGUUUACAAUGAAUUCACUGAUGUUUUUGUACCUCAUACUUAGCUUAACGAUGAAGUUAGCCUCAGAGAUGAAAGCAAGCAAUAA